AUGGGUUUAAAACAAAGCUCUAUGUAUCUUAUUUUGUUUUUCCUUCUAGCUGGAUUUGCCUCUUCUUUCACCCACAUUUCAAAUGGUGCCUUUGAAUCUCAUGGAACUACUGGACGCAACCUCCUUCAGGCCAAAAAGGCUUGCUCUGAAGACUUUGAGCACAAGAACUACACAAUCCUCACAAGCAAGUGCAAAGGACCCCUGUACCCAACCAAAGGUUGUUGUGAUGCUCUCAAGGAAUUUGCUUGCCCUUUCGCGGAUAAACUAAAUGACCUCACCACUGAUUGUGCUUCAACCAUGUUCAGCUACAUAAACUUGUAUGGCAAAUACCCGCCUGGCCUAUUCGCCAAUAUGUGCCGUGAGGGGAAAGAAGGCCUUGAAUGUCCUGAACAAACCGCAAGUGGUUUGACGAUCACUAAGCCUUCAUUGCUGAUACUCACAUCAGGAUUCCUAGUGUUGUUAUUUCAGUUGUUCUGAUCUG